AUGGAGCUCAAAAACAACGGCUGAAGAGAAUUAUUACCACACAGGAAUAAAACAUUAACCAACCAGAAUAAGAGGCCGUGUUGUAGCCUGACUUCCACCUCCAACCUCUUCAUUAGCAGCUCCUGAAUACAUUAUCCUUGAGUGGGAGAGAAGACUUGUCAGAGGUAAACAGAGGCACACCAUUUCUUUGCUAACCCUGAGCUGGUGCCCGACGACCCUCCUGAAUGAAUGAGUGGGUGGGCCCCGACAUCAAUGUGGUGGGACCACUGCAAAUCCCGCCCAACGAUGAAUACUCCAUCUCAGAGAGCGCCCACUUUUUUGAUAUUCUGGCAGAUCACGGCAGUCCUCUCCUGCAGGAUCCUGACGUCUUACCCUUCACCGGCUAUCCCAGCAUGCAGUACCAGUCCAUGGAGCCGACCAUGUCGUCCACACAGUACUACUCCAGUCAGAACUACUACCCUCAGUACAAUGGAGACGAAUGGUACUCAAACACAGGGAUUUAUGAACUGAGGAAAGGAUCUCUGGAGGUCAGCUAUGAUGCUGAGAUGGAGGAGACGUCUGCUGUGGUGCCCACCGUGUGCAAGAGGACCCGGCACAUGUCACAAGCUGGAAGGGUGAAAGGGGAGGAACUGUGUGUUGUGUGUGGAGACAAAGCCUCGGGAUACCACUAUAACGCUCUCACCUGUGAGGGAUGUAAAGGUUUCUUCAGACGGAGCAUAACGAAGAACGCUGUGUACAAAUGUAAGAGCGGUGGAAACUGUGAGAUGGACAUGUACAUGCGGAGGAAAUGCCAGGAGUGUCGACUACGGAAGUGCAAAGAGAUGGGCAUGUUGGCUGAAUGCCUGCUGACAGAGAUCCAGUGUAAAUCUAAAAGGCUACGGAAGAACACCAAGGCUUCCCCGGGACAGUCCACCGGAGACGAGACAGAGGCGGCGGACAACACAGACAACAAACAGGUCACCUCAACCACCAGACUCUCAAAGGAAAAAGUUAAAAUCACCAAAGAGCAGCAAGCGCUCAUGAAAGUCGUUGUAGAAGCUUAUAACAGACAUCAAAUUCCUCAAGAUGUGGCCAAAAAACUGCUACAAGAACAAUACAGUGAAGAGGAGAACUUCCUUCUGCUGACAGAAAUGGCAACUAGUCAAGUUCAAGUUCUGGUGGAGUUUACAAAAAAUAUUCCAGGUUUUCUGUCUCUGAAUCAUGAAGAUCAGAUCGCUCUGCUGAAGGGCUCAGCCGUGGAGGCCAUGUUUCUGCGCUCAGCCCAGGUCUUCAGCAGAAAGAUGCCAAACGGACACACGGAGGUUUUAGAGGAGAGGAUACGUAAGAGUGGUAUUUCAGAAGAAUUCAUGACGCCCAUGUUCAACUUUUACAAGAGCAUUGGUGAACUCCACAUGAUGCAGGAGGAACAGGCUCUCCUCACAGCCAUUGCCAUCUUGACACCAGACCGGCCCUAUGUGAAGGACCAGCAGGCUGUUGAGAGACUUCAGGAGCCCAUGCUGGACGUGCUGAGGAAGCUGUGUGUCCUGCAGCAUCCACAGGAGCCGCAGUACUUUGCUCGCCUCCUGGGCCGCCUGACGGAGCUGAGAACACUCAACCAUUACCACGCAGAGAUGCUCACAUCAUGGAGAAUGAACGACCACAAAUUCACCCCGCUGCUCUGCGAGAUAUGGGACGUGGAGUAACACAACGAGCACCAGGAAGGACCUCUAAAACAUAUUAUUCAUGGUCUCACUGCAUGAUCUGGAAUGAAAUUCCUGCUCAAGUUUGUUUGACCUUGAUGACAUUAGUCAUGUUUGGACUCCAGGAGUUAAGAUUAUCACGCCGCUCGUGGACUUUCUUCAUGGCUCACACCAUCAGUGUGUUCAUUUUCCUGUGUCAGACUUUUAGAAGCAUUUGAAAUGACAGUGUUUACAGCACAGAGAGGAAACCAGACCUGUGAACAUCAUGUAAAAACACCUCAAAGACCCAAUGCAAUUAGUCAAGUACAAACACUGGAACACAAUCAAAGUGUGAGGUUCAAUGGAAUCAUGGCCUCUUUUAUUUUUCAUUUGUAACAGUUUAGUCUGCAUACUACUGUAUGUGUGGCAUUGAAGUGUUGUGUUCUUCCUCUAAAUAAAUCAUUUGAUUAAAAGGGAAAAGAUAUGAGCUACGAGUUUUCAGCACAGAGAAAACAGCUGCACCUGAAAGCUUUCAUUUCAAUUUUUCAAUUGUCCAAUAUGUACUUAAAUUAUGUAACUUAAAUAUCUAUAACAGCAUUGACUUUUUAUGCCUCAGUAUUUACCACUCUGCCAAUAUUUAUAUUCUGAGAAAAACAGUCUUAAUUAAAACACCAUCAAUGUG